UCUCCUGAUGCUCUGUGGUGACUGAGGAAUUCAUCCAGAGCUGAAGACGAAGAUUAAUUGGCGUGCAACUUCCAGGAGGUGGAAACCCUGCAGUCUGGGGCCUUCACCUGCCUUCCUUCAUCCUCCUCCCCCCAACUCCUGUCUGAGCACUGCACCUGUUCUGACUCGUCAGCCAGGUGAAGGGGAUUCUCUAGCCUUACACUGUUUUUUCAGCUGACCGUAGCUUCGGGGUAAUUAGGAACCCUGUCUAUUCAUUUGACUGGAUUACUGCUUUGCUUUGCAUCUUUUCUUUCCGUCUGUCUCUACAACCCACCUCCCUUCCCUCCCUGUGUACCUCUACCCCCCUCCCACUCCAUCUCUGUCUAGCGCAGUCUGAGGCUGGUUGACACUGUGGCUGUGUGGGUAUGCGUGGAGCUGCAGAGAUUUCCCUGCUCGAGUAAAAGUGUGGAUCAGAAGGAAAGGGGCUAAGGGUGAAAUUGAAUCUUCUGGCACUUAAACUGGAGUAAGCACUGAACAGCUGUACAAACUCCAAACCAAAGGAUUGUGCGAGUUGGACGAGUAGCAGGUAUGAAGAGCCAGGCUGUGACUGUAUCUGUGGCUCUGCUGGCCCUGUGCUGCCUGCUGAUCCCCAGAGGGGGAGAGAGCGCCGGGGGAAUAGUUUCUCUCUGGCAGGCUGAAGGGGAGAAGCAGGCAGGGGAUCAGCUUCGAGAUGAAUCGCUGGAUGACACAGAAAGUGAGGGAGGACUUGUGGCAGACCCACUCCUGCAGGAGAGCAGCAUCAAGACCAAAAGAGACACAGAAGCUAAGCAGGCAGGUAUUUUAGGCCGGGUGAGGAGAGCACCCGAUGAAGACACGAAGAAGAAGAAGAAGGACAAGAAGAAGAAGAAUAAAGAGCCAAAAGAACCCAAAGCCACCAAAAAGCCAAAAACUGACAAGAAGGGAAAGAAGAAGGACAAGAAGACAACCACAACUUUGCCACCCACCACAACAACGAUCCCAACUGAACCACCCACCGAACCAUAUACAGAGUACUCCUAUCCAGAACCUGAAACAGAUUACCUGAACCCAGAAGAUGACUACUGGGGUCCUGAGCCCACACCCUCCAGGCCACAGCCUGAGGCUCCAAUCACAGAUCCUCCAUACAACAACUGGAGGACAGACAGCCCUGUAAUAGAUGCCUAUGAAGACUACUUUAAACCAGAUGAGGAAGACCCAGCUGCUUUUGUAACAGAUGCCUAUGACUACUACUGGAAACAAGAAGAGAAUGAAGUGCCAACUUCAGCACCCAGCAUCUAUGAUGAUCACAUGAAACCACACGAGAAAGACCCAUACCCCUCUGUGACCGAUAACUAUGAUGCCUACUGGCAAGAAGUGGACCCAACGUCUGCUGCCCCUGAGGUUGAUGCAAAGCCUCGAACAGAUGACAGUGAUUACUGGGAUGCCACAUAUGUGGUACCAGGCAGGCGACCUGAUGGUAAAGAGGUCAGCCCAGAAAUUGAAGUGGAAACUCUACCAGAAGAGCCCACAGCCACUGAGCCCUACGAGGGGACCUGGUAUUAUGAUUACGACGAAUACGGGAUGAAGAGAAAAGAAGAUGGGACAGAUGAAAAGUGGGUAGAAAGAGAGCGAGAAAGAGCGGCAAAAGAGAGGGAGAGGGAAGAAAGAGAGAGAGAGCAGAAGCUAAAGGAGGCAGAGGAGAGAGCCAGGAACAGGCCGCGUGUCUUCAAAGAGCCAAAGAAGUGUCCUCCCCUGGGGAUGGAGUCCCAUAAGAUAGAGCCAGAUCAGCUUUCAGCCUCUUCUAUGUCUCAGUAUCACUUCGCACCUCAGAGGGCGCGCCUAAACAUGCAGGGCUCCGAUGAUGAGGACAACAGAAGAGGUGGAGCAUGGUGCGCAAAUUCAGAGGACAGUAUCCACUGGUUUGAGGUAGAUGCUCGCAAGGAGACAGAGUUCACUGGAGUCAUUACUCAGGGACGGGACUCUUUAAAUGAGAAUGACUACGUGACAUCCUACUUGCUGGCCUUCAGCAAUGACAGCAGAGAGUGGACCACCAUCCAUGAUGGAUACGCCGACUGGUUGUUUUUUGGAAACAGUGAUAAGGAUGUUCCAGUGAUGAACCAGCUUGCAGAGCCUGUGGUGGCCCGCUACAUACGAAUUAUCCCACAGAGCUGGAAUGGCUCUCUUUGUAUGAGGCUGGAGGUCCUAGGCUGCCCCCUGCCUGAUCCAGUUGAUGCUCUGUACAGGCAAAAUGAAGUGACUCCAGUAGACUACUUGAAGUUCAAACACCACAGCUACUCAGAAAUGGUUGAUCUUAUGAAAUCAGUGAAUGAGGAGUGCCCCAACAUCACCACCAUCUACAGCCUGGGCCGCAGCUCCAAGGGAAAGGAAAUCCUUGCCAUGAUAAUCUCAAGCAACCCCACAGAGCAUGAAAUAGGUGAGCCAGAGUUACGCUUCACUGCAGGUCUCCAUGGAAACGAGGCCGUGGGACGGGAGAUGAUCCUGCUUCUCAUGCAGUACCUGUGCAAAGAGUACAAAGAUAGAAACCCCAGAGCCCAGCGCCUGGUGGAGGGAAUACGCAUCCACCUGGUGCCGUCACUCAACCCCGACGGACAGGAGGAAGCUUUUGAAGCGGGAUCAGAGCUGAGCAGCUGGACCACCGGACACUUCACCAAUGAGGGCUUUGACAUCUUCCAGAACUUCCCUGAUCUAAAUAGCAUCUUGUGGGAUGCUGAAGAUAAGGGCAUGGUGCCCAAACUCACCCCGAACCAUCAUGUUCCUAUACCAGAGAACUUUGAAUCUAAUAGUUCGAUUGCUGUGGAAACCAGGGCCAUAAUCUCCUGGAUGAAAAGCUAUCCAUUUGUGUUGGGCGCAAACUUCCAGGGUGGGGAGAGAAUUGUGGCCUAUCCUUAUGACAGCUUACGUCUCAGCAAGCCUGCCGAGAGCCAAAAACCCCACAGCCGCAAGAAGAGACAGUAUGAGGACGAAAGUUUUGAUGUAACAGAGUGGGGAAGGGGCUACCAUGAGGAGCCAGUGGAAGACUGGAGAAGUAGGGGAUAUGCAGAGCCAGAAGAGGAGUGGCGGGGUCACGGAUACGACCAUGACCGCGGUCACGACCCUGGCCAUGACCCUGGCCAUGACCCUGGCCAUGACCCUGGCUAUGACCAUGGCUAUGACCAUGGCCAUGACCCUGGCUAUGACCAUGGCUACGACCGUGGCUACGAACAUGGCUACGAACACUCCUACAACCAGGGUUAUGGGCACAGAGAGGAAGAAGAGGAUGAUAGAGGAAGAAGUGCUGGUUACCAUUAUGCUGAGCCUGAAGAUGAGCCCCGGGUAAUUGCAGACGAAUCCCUCUUCAGGUGGCUGGCUGUCUCCUACGCUUCCACACACCUGAGCAUGACAAACAACCAUCACAGAUCCUGCCACGGAGACACAGCAGGAGGGGGAAUCGGGAUCAUCAACCGGGCCAAAUGGAAGCCAGUCACAGGCAGUAUGAAUGACUUCAGCUACCUGCACACCAACUGUUUUGAAUUGUCCAUUUUCCUGGGCUGUGAUAAGUUCCCUCAUCAAAGCGAGCUGGCGUAUGAGUGGGAGAAAAACAGAGAAGCAAUGCUCACCUUCAUGGAGCAGGUGCAUCGUGGCAUUAGAGGGAUUGUGAAAGAUCAGCAGGGGAACCCUAUUGCAAACGCCACUAUAUCUAUUGAAGGCAUAAAUCAUGACGUCACCACAGCACAAACAGGGGAUUACUGGCGUCUGCUUAACCCUGGGGAGUACCGCGUGACUGCUCGAGCUGAGGGAUUCUCCCCUGUGACCAAACUCUGUGUGGUGGGCUAUGAGUCAGGUGCGACUGCCUGCAGCUUCAACCUGGCCAAGUCCAACUGGGACCGCAUUAAACAGAUUAUGGCCCUCCAUGGCAACAAGCCAAUUCGACUUGUCUACAGCAAUACCAGAGUACAGCAACCCACAGUCAACAAUGGCCAGAGGCGUGUCACUGGCAGCAACGGGUAUUCCCCAAAUUUACAACUCAGCCCUAAGCAGCAGCGGAGGCUCAGGAUUGCUCGUAUCCGUCGUCUUCGCCAACAGAAAAUCAUGAAGUUAAGAUCGAUGACAACUGCAAUGAUAACGACAACACUGCCCACUACGACAGUCACAAUUCCCACAACAACAGAGGCCACUACAUCCUGGUAUGACUCUUGGUUCAUAGAAGAGGGACAGUCCUCGACUCCCGGCAGCCUCACAGACUCCAUCCUGGAUUACGAGUACAAGAUCGAUGACUAUUAAAGAAAACACACAUGGUUUGUUUCAGUAAACAACUGUCCUCUCUUAACUGUAGUUCACAUUGCUUUGUUGUACUUAGAACUGGCUGAAGAAUCAAAUUAGGGAUCUUGUCUUUGUACAACAUAAGCAAAGGGAAUAUACAGAAUAUUAAAUAUAUUAAAAUAGUACAUCUGUUAAUCAACACUUGAAAUAAUGUCUCUUCACAGAAAUAGAGCCAUUUCAUUAAUGUUUGGGGGUUUUUUUCCAUUUGAAAGUACACACUGCAUUCUUUAACUCAUUCAUUUCUAUAAAUGCUUCAUG